CCCAGCAGUGCCACCUGUCAAUGUCCAUCAGUGCCUUAUGUCAGUGCUCAUCAGUGCCUCGUGCCAGUGCCCAUCAGUGCCACAUAUCAGUGCCUACCAGUGCACAUCAAUGCCACAUAUCAGUGCCCAUCUGGGCUGCCUUUCAGUGUCACCCAUCAGUGCCAGUCAGUGCCGCCUAUCAGUGUGCGUCAGUGCCGCCUAUCAGUGCCAUCAGUGCCUCCUCAUCAGUGCCCAUCAGUGCCACCUAUCAGUGUCCAUUAGUG